UCAGCCCCCUGGGAAAGUACAUAUCUGUGAGGCGCUCCGUGCGCGCCGCUUGCACUCGGCCGGCGCCCCGUCCCGCACGGACCAGCCCCGCAGCUCCGCUCCGCUCCCCCGGGGGCCGCGCCCGCGUCCGGAUCGGGGCUGUCCCGCACCUUUACAAGUUUUACUUUCGGGAGCAGUUCGCGCGGGUUCGCGCCCUAACCCACCGCCACCAUGGAUGCCAUCAAGAAGAAGAUGCAGAUGCUGAAGCUGGACAAGGAGAACGCCUUGGACAGAGCCGAGCAAGCCGAGGCGGACAAGAAGGCAGCGGAGGAGAGAAGCAAGCAGCUGGAGGACGAGCUGGUGGCUCUACAAAAGAAGCUGAAGGGCACUGAGGACGAGCUGGACAAAUACUCCGAGUCCCUUAAAGAUGCCCAGGAAAAGUUGGAACUGGCUGACAAAAAGGCCACAGAUGCUGAGAGCGAAGUGGCUUCUCUGAACAGACGCAUCCAGCUGGUUGAGGAAGAGUUGGAUCGGGCUCAGGAGCGCUUGGCCACUGCCCUGCAGAAGCUGGAGGAGGCUGAGAAGGCUGCAGAUGAGAGUGAAAGAGGAAUGAAGGUCAUUGAAAAUAGAGCCCAGAAGGAUGAAGAGAAGAUGGAAAUCCAGGAGAUCCAGCUCAAAGAGGCCAAGCACAUUGCUGAAGAGGCCGACCGCAAGUAUGAAGAGGUGGCUCGUAAGCUGGUGAUCAUUGAGAGCGACCUGGAGCGGGCUGAGGAACGUGCUGAGCUGUCAGAAAGCCAAGUCCGACAGCUGGAAGAACAGUUAAGAAUAAUGGAUCAAACCUUGAAAGCAUUAAUGGCUGCAGAGGAUAAGUACUCGCAGAAAGAAGACAAAUAUGAAGAGGAGAUUAAAGUUCUGACUGACAAACUGAAGGAGGCUGAGACCCGUGCUGAGUUUGCUGAGAGGUCAGUAACCAAGCUGGAGAAGAGCAUUGAUGACCUAGAAGAGAAAGUGGCACAUGCCAAAGAAGAAAACCUUAAUAUGCAUCAGAUGCUGGAUCAAACUUUACUGGAGUUAAACAACAUGUGAAAACCUUCUUAGCAGCAACCACAUUGUUUGUUUUUGUAUUUUUACACCUGCUUGCCGUGAAGCCCCAUAAACGUGUCUUUAUUUUAGUUUCACCACAGUCACAAGAACAUCUGCUAAAGUACCAAGCAGGGGUCAGGGAAACACCAAACUGGGCAAGCCAUAUGCGGGUUAAGCUACGUUCCAUUAUGGUUUAAAUGUGCCAUUUCCCAACAAAAAUGUUACCUACACUCUGUAGAGAGUUCAGCAACUCAGUGUGCUUAGUCUUUGAAGAAUCCUGGCCGUGGCAGAAAGUGUCCCACCUCAAGUGCCAACUACAGUUUUGACCCAAGAAGAAUGAUUGGUGUUCAGGAGAGAUCAGGUGGAAAUGGUGCUAUUUUGAACAAAAGGUUCUACUGAAGUCUUUUGUUUGAUAUCAGACAAGUCAGGAGCUGUCCAGCACAGUAAUUUAUUUUUACCAGAAUUUUACUGAUCUGUGAGAAUUUGGACUUUCUGUGCCUUCUAAUUCAGUAAAACGAAGGUGUGUGAGCAACAGAGACAAGUGAAGGCUCCUGGAGGUUUUAAAUUAUGUUCUUGCAACUCAAUACAGAAGUGUAGGUCAGCAUUUCACCUUGAGUAUUCAUUUGAUUGUAUUUUUCAUGUUGAAAUGAAAGAUUCAAUAAAUUCAGGACAAAACAUUAAUUUGGAAGAGAUUGUUUAAAAUGUAUUUUAUUUGUGUGGAUUUUGGGGAGGGGGAGGAAUUUUGAAACCGAUAUUUGCCUCACUUUUUUUUUUUUUUCACACUUUCUUUGAGCAGUUUUAAAAGUAUACCUGUAUUGUAAACAUUGUAUAAUGAUAUGAAAUAAAAUGCACAUUUUAGGA